AUGGGUGCCUAUAAGUACAUGCAGGAGAUAUGGCGCAAAAAGCAGUCUGAUGUGAUGCGCUACAUCCUCCGUAUUCGUACAUGGCAGUACAGACAGCUCUCCGCCGUCCACCGAGUUAGCCGUCCUACUCGACCUGAGAAAGCUCGCCGUAUGGGAUACCGAGCAAAACAGGGAUAUUGUAUCUACCGUGUCCGUGUCCGCCGUGGUAAUCGCAAGCGCCCAGUCACCAAGGGUCAGACGUACGGAAAGCCCAAGACUCACGGAGUCAACGAGCUUAAGCUCGCUCGCUCCAAGCAGGCCAUUGCUGAGGAUCGUGCUGGUCGUCGUCUCGGGUCACUCCGAGUUCUGAAUUCAUACUGGGUGGGAGAAGACUCCACGUACAAAUUCUACGAGGUCAUAAUGAUUGAUCCAUUCCACAAGGCGAUUAGGCGCAAUCCUGACACCCAAUGGAUCACGAAACCCGUGCACAAGCAUCGCGAACUUCGUGGACUCACGUCGGCCGGCAAGAAAUCACGAGGUCUUGGAAAGGGAUGGCGAUAUUCUGCCACUCGUGGAGGUUCCCAAGCAAAGAACUGGAAGAGAAAGAACACCACUCCGUCUCAUCUUGAAAUUGUAUGCGAGAGUUACAUGCACAACGUGCCUAAAGGGUCCGAGAAACAUUUUCGAGUUCAGAUUGUGAGUGACAAAUUCGAAGGAUGUCCUGUUCUUCAGCGACACCGCAUGGUAAAUUCUUGCCUAUCCGAUGAAUUAGCGGGUCCAGUACAUGCUCUUAGGAUUGAUGCAAUCCCACCGAGCAAAUGGGUUGGUCAGAAGCCGUAUCCGAGUCCAGCAUGUCGAGGUGGCAAUGCGUUGUAG